AUGAUUCGAAACCCUAGAUUCCGGGCUCUGAAGCCGCUAGUCUACGGGGCCGUCGAGGGGCUUCUAUCACCGGCGACGCAGCAGCACCAGCUCCUGCAGAGAUGCGCUGUCAGCGGCACCGCGAAGGGCAAGGGCAAGAUCAAGACCGGGCAGCCGCUGAAGCGAUCUACCAUUCCCAAGAAGAAGACCGGCGGCACCGCCACUGGCGGCGGCGGCCGAUCUGGCAACGAUUCCGCUGACCGCUUCAACCGGAUGGUGGAUUCGUGUCUCACUGCCCCGACCCCAAUCCGCCAUUUGACCGUGAGGCAGCGGGAGCGGGAAGCCGAGCGGGAGAAGUUGGGGCUCAUCAGCAAGGAGAGGCAGCGGGAGAUCGACUCGGCGAAGGCCGCGGCCAAGAAGGGAUCCUCAGAGCAGGAGGAGCGCGUACUGAUGGGGACGCCUGGUUUCGACUUGAUCUCGUUGGGGUUGGUGGAUGUGGAGGCGAUCCCCAAGUACGAGCUCACCGUACAGGACGGAAGGCGUCUGGCGAGGGAGUACAGCCGAUCUCUGAUGAGGAGACACCGAGCACGGCAGGCCGCUGAGUCUACACUCCUUCGACUGAAGAAGGAGGCGAUCGAGGCGCUGCCGGAGCACCUGAAGGCGGCGGCCAUGAUCCCCGAUUUGACGCCAUUCCCUGUAAAUAGGUUCAUGGCAACCCUAACUCCGCCGAUUGAUGGCUACGUCGAUCAGGUCAGGGAGGCAGCCAAGAGUUACGUCGGGAAGGAGAAACUCCGGUGA